UAAACUGAUAACCUAAAGCAUGUCUGAUUGUACCCACAUUUGUGGCUUAUAAGCUCUGCAUUCUUACCCUCGUCUUUUCUCAAGAUUAUCAAAUGCAACUGAGGUUGCGAUAAAAUAUCUCUCCAUCGCAUAUGGUAUUCCUAAAAUAAUUGUUAUCUGUAAUACUGUAUAUAAUAUACUCUAUCUGCCCUUUAUAACAGAAGUACUGUUACCAUCAUUUUUUCUUUUCCCUUUGCUUUUGUCUCCUCUCGAUAACAUGUCUGAUAUGGAGAAAGAACCGGUUCAAGAUAAGUUUGAAGAUGAAGAAGUCGAUUUCUCAAAGUUAAAAAAGAAGAAGAAGUCGAAGAAGAAGGUUGAUUUUGACGCUGAGGUUGAAGCUACGGAAUCGCCUGCUCAGACUACAGCUACUGAACAAAAUGAUGACGCUGAGGAAGACCCUGAAACUAUGUUUGCCGAUUUAAAAAAGAAAAAGAAGAAAUCCAAACCUGCUGUGGAGGAUACUCCCGACGAAGAUACACCUGCUGAAGAUGCUGAAGAUUUAGAUUUCGGUGCCUUGAAGAAAAAGAAGAAGAAGAAGAAAUCCAUGGCCCAAUUUGAAGCUGAUUUAGCUGACGAGAAUGCGGAUGACGAUGAAGCUGCUGAAGAAAGUAGCACCAAACCCUCCAAAAAGGAAGAGGGCGAAGAAGCGUGGCUUAAGAGUGAUAGAGAUUAUGCAUAUGAUGAGCUUCUAGAUCGAGUAUUCAACAUUUUGAGACAAAACAACCCUGAAUUGGCUGGAGAAAAGAAGAAGUAUACUAUCGUUCCUCCUUCCAUUCACCGUGAAGGCAACAAAAAAACCAUUUUUGCCAAUAUUGCCGAAAUUAGCAAGCGUCUUCACCGUCCUGCGGAUCACGUUAUUCAAUUCUUAUUUGCUGAAUUGGGUACAACGGGUUCUAUUGAUGGUGCACAACGUCUUAUUAUCAAGGGUAGAUUCCAACAAAAGCAGAUCGAAAACGUUUUACGUCGCUAUAUCGUCGAAUACGUCACCUGUAAGACUUGUAAAUCUCCCAAUACCAUCAUGACGAAAGACAACAGAUUGUACUUUGUUACUUGUGAGCACUGUGGCUCUACUCGUUCCGUUUCUGCAAUUAAGACUGGUUUCAAGGCACAAACUAAGGAAGAUAGACGUGCUCUUAGAGCUUAAACAAACAAACAACCAAAAGCAAAGAUCUUUUCUCCAUAAUUUUUUCCCAUUUUUACUCGUUGAAGUAUUAUCAUCGUUGUUAUUAAAUUGAGGGAUUCUUUUA